AUGUUGAUGAAAGAGUACCGGAUAUGCAUGCCGCUGACUGUAGAGGAGUAUAAGAUAGGUCAGUUGUAUAUGAUCAGUAAACACAGCUGUGAACAGAGCGGGGGUGGGGAGGGUGUGGAGGUCAUCCGAAAUGAACCGGACACACACCCCCAAUACGGCCCAGGCCAAGUGACGGAGAAACGCAUCUACCUCAGCAGUAAGCUCCCAUACUGGAUGAGAACAUUUGUUCCCAGAAUCUUCUAUGUGACAGAAAAAGCCUGGAACUUCUACCCUUACACUAUCACUGAAUACUAUUGCUCUUUCCUUCCCAAAUUCUCCAUCCGGAUAGAGACACGUUUUGAAAACGACAACGGGCAGAAUGACAAUGUCUUUGGCGAUGCUCCAACGCCUAAAGAGAACGUCUGUUUCCUGGACAUACUGAGUGACUCUAUUCCCGACAAGAACUACAAAAAGUCAGAGGAUUUGAGUUACUGGAAGUCUGAGAAGACAGGGCGGGGCCCCCUGCAGGCAGGGUGGAGGAACUGCAGCCAGCCCAUCAUGUGCUCCUACAAAAGAGUCCAGUGCAGUUUCGAGGUCUACGGGUUUCAGACUCGAACAGAGGAAUUCAUCCAUAAGAACAUCCGUGACAUCCUGCUUGUGGGACACAGACAGGCUGUGGCAUGGACAGAUGAGUGGCACGGAAUGAGUUUGGAGGAUGUAAGAGAAUUUGAGACAGAACUACAGCGAGAGACCAACAACAAAAUGAAAAACAACCAAGUCACAGUUGUGGACAGUCCGUCACGACCCUCUUUCUCUCGCUCCAUCUCGGUGACGGAUGAGCAUUCACUGAAGAAAAUGGGCGUGCCAACCAUCACCAUACCUGAUGACACACCUUCCUCUCCCUCCUCUUCCUCACUCAAAAGCCCCAUGAGACUCAACUCCACUCCUGAGUGA